AUGUGGCCUUGGCGCACAGCGUCUGAUAGCCGGGCAGCUGGAGCGAUAGUUAUUCUGCCCGACGGCUUUCAUCUCUCCCUCGCCGCCCGCCUCACCGUAGAGCAGGCCCUCAGGCGCGUGCUGCCUUACUGCCUCCGCGCAGCGACCACGUCACUAGCCUUCCCAUCAACGUCAGCGGCUCCCGUGUCCACGUCAACAUUAUCUAGGUCCGCGCUGUCUUGCUCUGCAGCGUCCGAGCCUCUCGAGGUCGCCCUCUCGCUACGCACCGCAACUCCCGGCUUGUUUCACGGCCCCGCGAAGAAGAGCCUUCGCUUGUCGAAGCGGUUGUGUAAGGGAUGGACGUACGUAGUCACCGCGGAGAGCGCUCUUAGCGAGGAUGAAAUCGAUAAGGAGCGAAUGAUUCGAUUCGACCGGCGCGCGUACUGGGAGGUGCUGGCGGCGGUGAAGGAGCGCGAAGCCGCCAUGGCCGUGGCACGCGGUGGCGCGAGGCGGCGACAGGUACCCGCAUCUUCCGAUCCAGGCAUUCUCUGGCCCGAUAGCCCCGACCGACGGAGCGAUCACAGCCGCGGGGGAGCAGUUGACUCGUGGCGUGCAAGUGAGGGUGAGGCGGGGAUCAACAGCGCGAGCACGCAGCAGCACGCCGCGGGGGCAGAGGUGCGAGUGGCGGCAUGGGGGGAGGCCAGGGCGGUGGAGGAGGGGGAGAGGGCGGAGGGGACGAGCGGACGGGGAGAGGGCAGAACGGAGGAGUUACAGCGAGGGCUGGAGGGAAGUGGCGCUGUUGGCACGGCAGCAGCAGAGUCGUGGGAGGGCGCAGCAGGGGAGGGCGCAGCAGGGGAGGGCGCAGCAGCGGGGGUCGCAGCAUGGGGGGGUGCAGCAAUUGGGGGCGCAGCAACGGGGGGCGCAGCAGCGGGGGCAGCGGGGGAUGCAGCAGCGGGAGAUGCAGUGGGGAGUGCAGCAGCGGGGGAUGCAGCAGCGGGGACGUGGCGGCUGCGGGGAGUGCGGUGGAGCAAGCGGUGGCGCGCGCUGGGCAGAGAGGCGGGCGGGGAGGCGGGUGGGGAGGUGGCAGUGCGAGCGGCGUUGGAGGUGACGCGGGGUGGUGAGAUGCUGGGAGAGAUGCCGGGAGAGCAGGCAGCGGCCACGGGAGGGCAGGGAGGCGAGCAGCAGGCGCAGGAGGGUCAAGGUGGUGCUGCUGUGGGCGGCAGUGGGGUGGCGGGCAGUGACGGAGGCACGGAAGCAAAUGCGGGUCGAAUGUCCCUGGCCUUUGCGGCCCUGGGGUGGGGUGGUGGGCGCGGCGAGGAGGAGAAGGAGACGAUGGUGCAGAUGGGGAGUGGAGAUGCAGGGAGGGAUGUGGCGAGGGUGGCGCGCAUGGACGUCAGUUUGGAGUCCACGAGUGCUGCCCUGCAGAGCGGCAUGCAGUGGAUCGAGGAAACCACUCGCCGCUCCCUUGUCAGCGGCCGUCUCAUUGGCCCUUGCAAUGGCCCUCGCAGCCUGAGCGGACCUCUGGUGCAGGCGGGCAGCGGGCCACUGGGAGCUCGGCUCAGGAGCCCCUCAGGCAGGCUGCGCAGCGUGCUGCUGCGGCACUGGGGCAGCGGGCCCUUGACCCGCCAAGGCAACUGGCGCUACAACCGGCCAGGCAGCGGGCCUCUGAGCCACCAGGGCAGCGGCCCUUUGAGCCAGAGCAGCGGGUGCUACAACCAUACAGGCAGCGGUAUGGGCAGUGGGCCUUUGAGCCACCAGAGCAGUGGGCCAUUGAGUCAGAGCAGCGGGUGCUACAGCGGGGCGGGCAGUGGGCCUCUGGGGGAGCUGUUCAGUGGCAGUCUGAGCCAGCCGUCCCACGAGGCGUUCCGCCUGGCAGCGCAGUGGGAAGAGAGGCCUCUAGACCCCUUGGACUUCUUGAGCCCUCUGGCAGGAGGCGGGAGCGAGGCUGGUGUGCUUGGCGCUUUCAAUGGCGCAUGGGGUGGGCUUAGACGAGGCGAUGCGAGUGGCGGCUGGAUGGAGGACGUGUUUGGGGGGCUGGUGGGCGAGCGGAGGGCGAUGGGCUGGAGGCAGCCGCUGGUUGAAGUGAAUUGUGCGGUGGGUUCAAGGGAUGAGAGCAAUCAGCAGCAGCAGCAGCACCCAUCGAUUGUUGUGGGAGACUCACAGAAGAGCUUGUCUCCUGGGAGUUGUAUUGCUGGGAUGGCAAUGGGCGCUGGGUCAAGUGUGACAGGAAGGGCAUCUUUCGGGGAGGGGGGAACUGCAGCGUCAAGCGCACAUGGGGAGAACAGUUCAGAGAUGUUUGAGUCUGCUACUAGCGAAGAUGAGGAGUUCUUUGAUGCACAGGCGAGGCGGAUGUCCUGGGGGAGCGAAGGGAUUGAAUGGAUGGAAGCGGUUGACGGGAUGGCAGGAAUCGAGGAGGGCGAAGAGCGCUGGGGGGAAAGGGGGAUGAUGCAGCAGGCGGGGGCAGCAGUGGAUGGAUUGGAGGAGCAGGAGGUGUGCAGCUGGGAAGGUGAUGGGUUGAAUGCUCGUCCUCAGCCGUGUCAUGCAAGCUCACAAGGGCUAGGAGUUGGGAGAGUGUUGGGAGAGGGCUUGAGGGAGAACAGCGAUGAUCAGGGAAAUGCAAUCGGAGGCGACGAGGAGAGGGUGGGGAGGUGUGAGGGGAAGACGGAGAAGCAAACGUGGGAGGAGAUUUUGGAUGCGACAGUGGCCAUGGGACAGUGCGAUGGGAAGGAGGAGCCGGCUGUUGAGGAGGCUCCAAACAACAUGUUCCUGACGCUGCUGCAGGCUGGCAGUGAGGAUCAGCACAUGGAGGCCCGAGAGUGGGGCGCGGAGAGCAUUGGCGUUGAGGACGGAGGAGAUGUGAGAGAAGAGGAAGAGAGGACUGCAAGGAGUGGGCAACGAAUGGGAACGGUGAGUGGUGAGCAGCAAUUGGAAGCGGUGGAUGGAGAGGAAGAGGGGAGAGAUGAUGAAGAGGAGAAUUUUAAUCAUGAGGAACCAGGGGAGACGGGGGAGGGCAAAAACGGGGAGGAGGAGGAGGAGGAGGAGGAGGAGGAGGAGGAGGAGGAGGAGGAGGAGGAGGAGGAGGAGGAGGAGGAGGAGGAAGAGGAGGAGGAACAAGUGGAAGAAGAAGAGGAGGACCAAGUGGAAGAGGAAGAGGAGGGAGAAGAGGAGGAAGAAGAGGAGGAGGAAGAGGAAGAGGAGGAGGAGGAAGAGGAGGGGGAAGAGGAAGAGGAGGGGGAAGAGGAAGAGGAGGGGGAAGAGGAAGAGGAGGGGGAAGAAGAAGAGGAAGAAGAGGAAGAGGAGGAGAAUGACGAGGAGGGAGAAGACGAAGCAGAUGAGGAAGAAGAUGAGGAGGAGGACGAGGAGGGAGAAGAGGAGGAUGAGGAAGGGGAGGAUGACAAGGGAGCAGGUGACGACCAGAGUACAAAGCUUGAAACUGCCAACGGCAUGUCCUUGGUCCUGGAGCCGUCUUUAAGGAGUGAGUGGGAUGAGAGUGAGGACGAUGAGAGCCUGCAAGCACUCGAGGUAGCAGCCAGGUGUGCAGCUUAUGAGGCAACCUUUAGGCUCAAGGUGCAGCAGGCACAGCAUGAUGCCAGUGAUUGCAAAUUCACCUCAUUCGCGCCAGCUAGUGCAAGAUCAGCAGGCGUGCUGGUGAAAGGGUGCUGUGAUGAAGAAGGUGAGGGGGAAGAGGAGUCUGGCACUGGAAAGGGGGUUGAGCCAGGAAGGGGAGGUCGUCAGGAACUGUCGGAUUCAGAGUCGGGCAAAAAUACGAGCUCGGGUUCCUCAUCUGAUCAGAGUGAGGGACACACUUCAGAGGUUUCAGAUCUCUCUGGAGAGCAGGCUGACACUGAAAGCACUGCAGAUGAGGUGGAGGAGGACGAGCUGGAAAUGGCUUUCUUGUUCCGCCAGUUGCGGCUGUUUCAUGCAAGCCCAAGGCCGACACCGACCAUGAAGCAGAGCCAUUGGUCGAUCUGGGAAAAGGAUGAGCUGCCUUGGCGACCAGAGCUCCCAAUGAUAAUGGAAGUGCCUGGACUUGAAGCCCUUUGCGUUGUUGCAGAGCAAAAGCAGCAGUGA